AUGGCUCCUAAACGUCCUGCUUCUGGUAAGGCUUCUGGCAAAGAGCCUAAGCGAGUAAGGAAGGUCAUGACCCUCCAGCAGAAGGUGGAAUUGCUUGAUAUGCUUAAAGCAGGCAACAGCUUUGCAGCCGUAGGUCGCCAUUUUGCAGUCAAUGAAAGUACAGUCAGGUCCAUCCAGAAGGAGGAGGUCGAGAGAAUGAGUACUGUGCGAGACCAGGAUGUGGUGCGCAUGGAGUCUGCCUUGGCACUGUGGAUACACGACUGUCGUAAGAAGAAUGUUCCCCUUGGUCAUGUAUUCAUAUGUGAGAAGGCACGGCAGCUCUACGCAAAAUUUUCAAAUGGCAGCGAGACCGAAGGCAGCGACGUAGCUCAAGAAGCAGACUUCUUAGGCUUCGACGAAGCCUCAGAUGAAGAAGAGCCAAAAGCAGGACCUUCUUCAGCUCUUCAGGGGUUUCAAGCUAGCAAGGGUCUUCAAUAUGGACGAGACUGGCCUCUUCUGGAAGAGGAUGCCGUCACCUUCAUUCCACAAGUUAAGCAAUACCUCAGCGACUUGUGUAUGGAGUUCAAGGUCUUGUUGCUUAUGGACAACGCCGGCCACCCUGCUGAUCUUUGUUAUGAGGGAGUCCAGCUUGAGUUCCUCCCUGCGAACACCACCUCUCUUCUGCAGCCCAUGGAUCAGGGCGUAAUCCGUGCCUUUAAGGCACUAUACACCCGGAACUCCCUCGGUCACCUAGUCAAGGCAAUGGAUGAUGACAGUGAAUUCACGCUGAAAGGUUUUUGGCGAAAAUUCAAGAUCGCUACCUGUCUGAACGUCAUCGAUAGGUCAUUGAGGGAUAUGAAGAAAGAGACCCUGAAUUCCUGCUGGAAGAAGUUGUGGCCGGAGUGUGUGAACGAUUACAAGGGAUUUUCUCCACAAGAAAUUCAGCAUUUGGCAAUAGAUAAUGCCGUCAAAUUGGCGAAGAUCCUUGGUGGAGAAGGAUUCGACGACAUCACCAAGGACGAAGUGGGAUCCCUGAUCGACACACACACUGAACUCUUAACGGACCAGGAUCUGGAAGAAAUUAUUGACUCUGACAUCGACGACAACGAAGACUCAACAGGUUCAGGGAACGAGGGGGAUGAGGAUGGGGGUCUUACCUUGGACUUCCUGAACAAUUAUAUUAGGUUGUUCGAGGAGGCGAAGGAGACCAUUUUGGAACGGGAUCCUUGCGUAGAACGUGCCUUAAAGUUCGUCAAUAGCAUUGAUGGGGCACUGAGCCCCUAUGCACACCUUCUGAGCACCAUGAAGAAGCAAGUGCAGCAGCUGCCCAUCACAAGCUACUUUUCAGUGGCGAAGAAGGCCCCUCCAGCCCCUGAAAUCCCUCCUGAAGAGGAGAAAGGGACGUCCCCAGAGGAGACGUAA